UAUAAUAUUAAAAAUAAUUAUAAUGGAAGAAUUAGGUAUACGUCCUGAAACAUCUAAAUGCUCAAGAAUGGAAAAGCGUAGAUUGGUAUCGCAAAGUCAUCAAAGGUAAGAAUCAAGUCAAGCUCCAAGAAUUAAUGGAAUUACUUUAUAAUAAUAUUUUCGAGAAAGUAACUUUAGAGUACUGGAAAUUAAUGAAGAUGAAUGGGACAAUUAAUAAGUUGUAUAGACACUUGCACCUCCACUUCAAAAUAACAAUUUUCGUAUUAAAACAGAUAAAAAAAUAAACAAUAAAAAACUACUAUAAAGAUCUCCUGUUUAAAACUUAACCAUUAGCAAAGACUUUAAUCAACGUAAAAUUAAUAGAGUACGUAAAAUUUUUGAUUAUUUUAUAGCCUCAUAUAACAUCAAAUGAAUUCUUUAAUAACGAAGAUGACCUCAGAAAAACUAAAAUAGAACUUAAAUAUGGUCGCCUAAAAGAAGAUGUAAUCAAUCGUUUUGGUAAUCCUGAAUAGGAUCUGAUCAACAAAUAUGCAGAAAAAUUUAAUAUAAAUAGAGAACCUCCAAAAUUGACUUUAGCACCCAGAGAACUAUUUACAAAAAUUAAGUGAAUAUUAUUCUUUUUUUUUUUUCAUUGCCAC